AUGGAGACCAGUGAAAAUGAUCAGUCGGUUCGAGAUCGUCCCAUCAAGUUUGGGGAAGGCUACCAUCUAGAAAACAUCACCUUGACCACUCUUGUGGAUUCUACUCAACGGGAGUCUGACACAGACAAGUCUCCAGAUAUCGACGUUGUCCAUGUUAUGGUGCUUGGUCAAGCGGAAGAACGGCUCAAGCUCGAGACCCUUCUUCUAGAGUCAGUGGCUUCCAGACGAAGAGAAUUUGUCUUCCGGUGCGAUAUAGCGAGCUUACUGGCUGGCGAACUGACGGGCCAAUUUAUUGAUGGCCUUGCCCGACAAUUGCUGGAAAAUCUGCCUUCGAGAAGAGCGUUGGUGUUUGUUGCUUACGACUUGGGAGAUUUAAUUGUCAAAAAGGCCAUCUGCAUUGCUGGCGCAGACGAGGAACAAUACCCAGGAAUCUUUACGGGCACCGCGCGGUUUAUAUUUGAUCAAGGCACCGCGACAAUAGGGGUGCCAAACGAGAUAAUAGUUGAAGAACAAACGCAGAAAGACAAAGAGCCGUUUCCGGAUUUACGCAACACAGUUUGUUCCAACAUCAAGGCCUGGCUCCCUCAUGCGUCUUGGAUUCCCUUUCAGCAAUCCCUUUUAGCAGUAACUUCGGCACAUCGUCCGUUGUCGUCAACAUGUCUUGACGAUUCACACCCGGUAUUUAAGAGCGCUGAACACGAAACAUGGAUGACAUCUGCCGGUGUGCGCAUACUACAUGUUUCUGGCGACAAUCAUAACGGGGUGACGGAAGUUGCCGAACAGGUAUUUCUUGACUGGAGGCUCAAACAGAGAAAGAAUCGGAAGGAAGGAGUAGUAUUUUUACCCAUUUCGUUUGUUUUCUCUGCCCGUGACCCAACACGCCGCUCAAUAAAGGACGUGAUCAGCUUGCUCCUGGUCUCAUAUCUUUCCGGUAUCGCAAUUGCGAAAGGCGACCCAUUGGCUGGCGCCAUAAGAGAUCAGUUGGUGCUUCAACACGCAUGGACGGAGACGGAUCUCUUCAAACUUUUGGCAAUAUUUUCUCGAGAGUUUAUGGGCUUCAAUCUGGUUCUUCUGCUCCAGGAUAUCGACGAAUGCGAUAAACACAGUCGAGAUGCGUUCUGGGCUGUGUUGAGCGCCUACGCGACCGCGAGUGAAACGCGAUUCAAAGUGGUGGUCACAUGCAGGAAAUCCCUUGAUCUUCAUGAUGAACUACGCCAUUGGCCAGAUAUCCCAAUCGAUACAUGGAUCCUUCCGGAUAAUAAGGGCGACUCGAACGAGGAUGCUGCAGAUGAUUACGAGUAUGACCUGAUUUCUACCUUGUGUCCCUGUGGGCACGGCAAGACUGAAGUUAGAGAGAAGCUGGAAGAGCUUAGGCCUAUGGAGAAACACAACCGAGACAUGAUUCUAAAACUGAUAGGGGAAAUUACGAACUGGCCUCAAGAGCUCUCGCCCAAGGCAUUUCACGAGUUUUCUUCUCACCUCGGGGCUGUUACCUUGGCCACCACACCAGCUGAUAUUCUGAGAAAUGCCCUACGAAACGUUGCUGAUCAGGAAGGCCUCAGCUGGAUUUUGAAAUGGCUCUUUAUGGGACAACGACCCCUAAGCUACCAUGAACUGGCAAUGAUGCUGUACUACUACAAACGUGGAGAAGCUCAGAGUUUCCAGGAGCCUUCUCCUAUGGAGUUAGAAGACUAUCUGUCACAAAUUCGGCUAUGGCUUCGCGGCAUCGCAGAGUCCGUCAGCGGGCAGGUCCGUGUCAAGGAAGAAAUACGGGAUUACCUGCAGAAUGAGUUGAGUGAUGUUUGGGCAGAAUCAACAUCGCCCGACGCCAUCACGACUUUUUUACUCAAUUACUUGAACGCACCCAAUAUUCAGCAACGUCUAGAAGCCAUGAACAGAGAGUAUCAGUCUCGCGUUCAGCGGUCUGAUGAUGCUAUUACGCCGCCGCUCAUCUCGGAUGGACAAGACAUUAUAUACUAUGCUAUUCAGGCUCUCCCUUACCAUCUAUCCGAGAAUCCCGUCAUCUUGAAAAGUAUCAAAGAUGAAUUACUGGCUAGCGACGGAAAAUUGGCAACAUGGUCAAAGGCAUAUUGGGCAAUGAGCAAUUCGUUCUCCCGUCCCGAAUCUGGAGCGUCAAAUUCGCCAUGUGAAACACUUCUUGCGCUGGGAAAUCUGAAACCGGAAGCCGUUACUAUCCUUGAGGAGAUGCAACAUUCAUCACUCUCAUCUACAAAUGGCAGUAGCCGCGAGAAGAAUAGCUCACCGAAUUCAUCAGACCUAGACUCUCUAUCCAAGGCGAUUAGAGAAGCAAAUGAGGAUGUAGCGGUGUCUAUUGCGGAGGAGCUGAUUUCCGCAUCCAAAGGCCAGGAUCAAGACUACGAACAUAUUGCCGCUUCAAAGUAUAGCUCAAAAAUACCCUGGCCGUCGUGGUUUCUAUGGAGAGCAGUAUAUCUUAACAUGGUCCGAUUAGUUACGUUACUCGUGAACGACGGCAUGGAUCCAGAUCCAACUGAUGGAGGCCCCGAGUUCUUUCCAUCUCCGCUCUACAUGGCCGCCCGUCUAUGCCACGAUCAAAUAAUAGACGUACUGAUAGAGCACGGGGCUAAUCUCCAUGUGAAGAGACUGGACAAAUACAAGGCAGUACAGACUGCUACUUCCAAUGGUAGUAUGCAUGGCGUCAAAGUUAUGAUAGCCAAAGACGGCUCGCUUUUGGAGAGUCAAGAACCGGAAACACCACUCUAUUUCGCCGCCCUCGAGGGUGGCUGGACCAUGGCAAAGAUGCUAUUAGAUCUCGGAGCCGAUCCAAACUCGGGCCUAGGGGAGAGACCAAACUAUAGGUGGGCUCCUCUUGUCGUUGCCGUAGAGUCGAACCAUCUCAAGACAGUGAAGAUUCUGCUCGAAAACAAGGCAGAUCCUAACAUUUGCGGACCAAACAAUCUGGACACUCCACUCUGGUUUGCAGCCAUCAAGGCAGCGAGUCCAGACAUGGUUCGCCUCCUCCUCGAACACGGCGCAGAUCCCAAUCACGAGCUGCUAGAUCCGCCGUUACCUAUAGAAUUGAUAAGAUCAUCGGUAUCGGCCAAGGAUAAGCUUGCUAUAUUCGAAGUUCUCGUCAAGAACUCGCCCCCAGUUCGGGUCAAUGCAACUGACUCGGAGGGUAUGACACCGCUUCUCUACGCCGCAGAGGCGGGAGAGUUGUCUCUCGUGACAUGGCUUCUAGAGCACGAGGCAGAUAUUAACGCUACAGACACCUCUAGUCGCAGCGUACUCUGGUAUGCCGUUAAAAAUUUGCGUGUAGAGGUAGUCCGUGAGCUGCUGAAUUGGAAGCCUCAACUAAAUAACUUGACCGUAACCGGACAGCCGCUUGUCGAAAUCGCAAUAGAGGAUGUCGGCAUUAUGCGAAUGCUGCUAGAUGCGGGUAUCGACAUGGAGUUGCCAAACUACAACAAUCACACAGUCCUCAAUAUCGCCGUUGAUUGGAAGAAGAGGGAUGUUGUGAGGCUCUUGGUUGAGAGAAAGGCGAACAUGUACCACCAGGGCAACGGCGGCUGGAAUGCCAUUACGAUUGCAACCUGGAGUACUGCAGACCCAGAGAUUCUGCGGAUCCUGGCAGAAGGUGGUGCAAAUCUUAAUGAUGCUCAUCCGGAUACUGGAAGCACUCCCCUGCACUUCGCCACGGCCAACGACGUAGAGCUCGCCAAGGUAAUUCUAGAAUAUCGCAAGAGCGUUGAUCUGGAGAAGCGCAACAACUACGGCAGAACACCUCUUUUGUACGCCUGUGGAGAGGACAACGCCGACUGCGUCAAGCUCCUCGUCCGAGCUGGAGCCGAUGUCAAUGCGGAAGAUCAAUGGGGCUGGACAGUCCUAUCACUUGCUUCGAGACGCGCGCUCAAGGCCGAUGUCACUGACCUGCUCCUCGCACAGCCAGAUCUCAAAAUAGACGCCGAAGGGAGCACCAAAGGGACGGCGCUGAUGGUAUCGUGCCGCUCGUUGAACCGCGAGAUGGUAACCAAACUCCUUGCUCACGGGGCUGAUGCGAACGUAUCAGUCAAGGAGCUCUCCUACAACAACACGGCGAUAAAGUCUGCAUGCAUUCCCUGGAAGGAACUGUAUACUGAGAAGAAAGACGAGAUGGAUGGAAUCAUUUCCGAGUUAAUCGCCAAUGGAGCUGACGUCAACGCCGUGGGAGGAUGCAACAUCUACAACGCCAUUUGUGCAGCUGCUUUUGGAGGCUCUGCCAGCACCAUCAACCUUCUUCUCGAUAAAGGGGCUUCCGCACAGGACCCUGAUCCUCUAGGCCGCCUCCCAAUCCACUAUGCCGCCGCGAAUGGGGUCAAAAACUUUGAGGCAAUAGCCCUCGUCCACAAGGGGGAUAUUUUGGUCUGCGACCGCGCCGGCAAGAAUGCUCUACACUGGGCCGCCCAGUUUGGAAAUGUGAAGACGAUUGAAGCUAUCCUGGAUCUUUUAGAUUCUUCGCCAAACAAGAGAAAGGAAUACGUCAAUCAAGCUGAUAUCGAUGGCUGGACGCCGCUUUGCUGGGCCACACGCCCUGUUGUCGAACGCCUCGGCCCUGACUCGGAAUCUGAGCCCCGUGAUUAUGUCAAAACUGUAAAGUUUCUUAUUGAACAAGGAGCCGAUCUUUCAGUCAAGUUUACCAUGGGAACGGGCAAAAAUGCCGAGACGUUUACUCCGGUGCAAAUGGCCAGGCUCUGUGGCACUGCCGUUGCCAGCGAGAUCAUUGACAUGUUGGAUAUCAGCCUCGAUGACAGUUCGACAAAUGGUACAGCUGGGAAAGGUAUCGACGCCAACAAGCAGAACAAAAGAUACAAGUCAAAUACAGCGUAUUGCGACAUAUGUCUCAACGCAAUUUUUGGUCAUUCAUACCAGUGCCAGACGUGUCCCGACUUUGAUACCUGCAAGAAAUGCUACGGCAGAAUAGAUAUCUUUCACAACGAUGUCAGCCUUGAUGAUGAGAAGCAGCACUCGUUUGCGUUUCGGAAAGAUUACGAAGAAGAAUUUGAAGACCUUCCGGCACCAGAGUCACCUGACCCUGACAAUGGGAACCAAGAGGAUUCGGGGGGGAAAGCGGCGGAACUAUCUGAUGAUGAUGAGUUACAGAAGAAUGAAGACGACGAGACGGAUGAGCUGGGUCUUGGGAGUUUGGAUGACUUGGAUGAGUUGGAGGUUGCGGAGGAUGAUACCCGCGUCACCGCAAAAUACUCCAUCAAGCCCGUCAAAACCCGCAAAGCAGACCCCAGCUCCGCCGACGAAUCCUCCUCCCCCUCGGAUCCCAAACCCCCCCGCGGCAGCCUCGUCCUCAAGACCUACGACCCCGUCAGCGGCGUCGCCCUCAAGUACCGCACCACAAAGGCCGCAGAGGUCACGCGCCUCAUGUACGCCGCCAUGGGCCGCCUGGGCAGGGCGCAGGCCGGCGUGCAGGACGUUCCCGAGGAGACGAUGCAGGACGCUGAUGCCGUCGAGACGCCCCAGGGAGAGCAGACGCCGCAGCAGACACCGCAGCAGCAGCAGGGUGCGGCUGGAGGUGGUGGGGGCGGGAAGAAGAAGAAGAAGGGCAAGAAGUGA